UUUUAGACGACAUUGACGACACCAGCUAGCUUGCCCUGUCACGUAAAUGCUAUGGUUAACCGAAGGAUCAGCAACGAUCUCAAAGACUGCGCACUUCGACUGUGGAAUCAUGGGUGGGAAUUGGCAGACAUCUGUGAAGCAUUUGGUGUCAGCGAGAGGAGUUGCUACCGCUGGCGACGGAUCUUUGAGGAGUGUGGUACUACAACAAAGCCCCGUUCUCCACUCACGGGACGGACUCGAACAAUCACGCGAGCCCUGCUAACGGCUAUCGAAGAUCUCUUCACUGUGGACUCCGAUCUUUUCCUUGACGAGGUCUGCACGUGGCUUGCAGUCAGCCAUGAUAUCGUUGUCAGUACUUCCACCCUAUCGCGCAACCUCAAAGAAGCUGGUCUCACACGCAAGAUCCUUCGAAAACUUGCUUCCGAGCGUGACGAGGCCCGACGAGAGGAAUUCAGAGAAAGUCAUCGCAAUGACUUUAUCGGGGAUGGCUCGGAAUUCGUUGUCAUUGACGAAACGAGCAAGAAUGACCGGACAUAUGCACGGCAUUAUGGACGAGCACCGAGAGGACAUCGCGCACAUCUUCUUCAGGCCUGGGCUCAGCCUCCAACUGAUCGAGUUCUUCCUCGCCAUCUUUUAACAGCUUUUCAUCCGACCAGUCAACCUUGGAUAGCUGCCCGACCGUCUCUCCAUCACCGAUCGUAGAGGGCCCGGGUGCAGGUGAUUCUGGACUCGAAAACUCCAGUGGCUCAUUGCCAGCGCUCUCGUCGAUGGGCGCAGCUGCCAUGUUGCAUGGUCUUGCUGGAAUCUUGAUUGUGUGCUUUUUCUUGACUGUGGCUCGUUUCGGUCUUUUUGCCAUGGUAAACAGGUCGGUAUGAUACGUGGUAAGGGUAGUAGUAAGGGCUAAAAAGCACCUGAACAAUGUGUACAAGAAGCCUACUACGAGCCUGAGCGUCCAGGACGCGUUUGCUAUAUCGAUUUCCUUUUUGGUCGAGGAAGUGGCGAAAAUUUAGCCACUGCCAUUAGUUUCGCACAUAGCUGUAAGUGCUGCAGACAAAAUCACGAAAUAUUGGACCGUCACGAAUAGAGCGUAACGGAUAGUAUAAUACGGUAUACAGUAAUGCCUCAACGUGG